GUGUGAGAGAGAUAGAGAGAGAGAGCUCGGAGCAGCCAAUGUGAUUGUGGAAGAAGCCACUUGGAUCAUCCAGAAUGGGCCAAACAAGUUCCUGCACUCAGACAGAGCUGUUGGGCUCCACAAAGCGGUUGAAUGUUAACUAUCAGGAUUCUGACGGGUUCUCAGCUUUGCACCAUGCUGCCCUCAGUGGGAGCACAGAGCUCAUUUCAUUGCUGCUGGAAGCCCAGGCCAUGGUGGAUAUCAAGGACAGCAAUGGGAUGCGGCCUUUACACUACGCAGCGUGGCAGGGAAAACUGGAGCCCGUGCGAUUGCUCCUUCGAGCUGGUGCGGUGGUAAAUGUAGCCUCGCAGGAUGGUCAGAUCCCAUUGCACCUUGCAGCACAGUACGGACAUUACGAUGUGUCUGAGAUGCUCCUGCAGCACCAAUCCAACCCAUGCAUCAUAAAUAAGGCCAAGAAAACACCACUGGAUCUCGCGUGUGAGUUUGGCAGACUGAAGGUUGCACAGCUCCUGUUGAACAGUAACAUGUGUGUUGCCUUGCUGGAGGGUCAGUCCAAAGACAGCACUGAUGCCAACUUCACCACCCCAUUGCAUCUGGCUGCCAAGAAUGGGCACAAAGACAUUAUCAGGUUGUUAAUCAAGGCUGGCAUUGAUGCAAACAAAGUGGCUAAAACAGGGACAGCUCUACAUGAGGCAGCACUGUGUGGCAAGACGGAGGUGGUUCGCCUGCUCCUCGAUGCUGGCAUUGAUGUCAACAUCAGGAACACUUACAACCAAACAGCCUUGGACAUUGUCAAUCAGUUCACCACCUCUCAGGCCAGCAAAGAAAUCAAGCAGCUACUGCGAGAGGCCUCUGGAAUCCUGCAAGUCCGAGCCCUUAAGGAUUACUGGAACAUUCACGACCCCACUUCACUCAAUAUUAGGGCUGGCGACGUUAUCAUGGUCCUGGAGCAACACGCUGAUGGCCGCUGGAAGGGACACAUUCACGACAGCCAGAAGGGCACGGACCGUGUUGGCUAUUUCCCCCCGUCCAUUGUUGAGGUGCUCAGCAGGCGAUCAGGCACCCUCACUCGCCAUGCCUCAGUGCCUCCCCAUCAACGCCAGGGGUUCUCCAAGAACCACCAGAGUUCCUUGACCACCUCACAAACAGACGAUGCUUACCAGCUGUACCAACAGAUGUACUCGCAGACGCUGCCCGCCCAUCGCACCUUCAACCAUCCUAGUUUCAGCCACAGCAAUCACAGCACAGAGAACAGUGAGAUGUGUGCAGGCGACAGGAACAGCGUGGGCAGUACAGGCAGUGUGGGCAGCAUUCGGAGUGCUGGCAGUGGGCAAAGUACAGAGGGUGGCAAUGGGCACACUGCCACCACAAGCUUGGAGAAUGGCAAGGCUGUGCCCCCUGGUGGGGAUCAGGCACAUCAGCAGGUCUGCAGAGGCUCAGAGAACACUGGCAAGCAGCUUGACCAGCCUUCAGGAGUACCAAGACAUCAAAACAUCUCGAGCUAUAAAUCCAGCGAACAAGGUUACUCACAGCAGUUUAUCCACCCUGAUCAAUUCCUGCAAGGCAAGGAUGCUGAAGCUAUUUUUAACUGGCUGAGUGAAUUCCAGCUUCAGCAUUACACAGCCAACUUCAUCAACGCUGGCUACGAUGUGCCAACCAUCAGCCGCAUGACCCCUGAGGACCUGACAGCAAUUGGGGUGACUAAACCUGGACAUAGGAAGAAGAUUUCGACUGAGAUUGGCAAACUGAGCAUUCCGGAAUGGCUUCCCGAUUACAGACCGGCAGAUCUGUUUGAGUGGCUGAGUGUGAUCGGCUUGCCUCAGUACCACAAGAAGCUCGUCGAUAAUGGCUAUGACAGCAUCAACUUCGUAAGCGAGAUCACCUGGGAGGAUCUGCAAGAAAUUGGAAUCACACAGUUGGGACAUCAGAAGAAGAUGAUGAUUGCCGUGAAGAAACUUGUGGAUGUGCAGAAGGCUUUAAAUCAGGCGGAAGUGGAGGCCAAAACUGCGACGCUGAGGCGCAAAGCUCCAGCUGCAUUGGAGAUAGUCACCAUCGAGGCAUUACAAGGUGAGAAUGGAGAAUGCCAGUCUCCUCAAACGCCAAAGAUGCUCACCUUCCAGGACAGCGAAUUGAGCCACGAGCUGCAAUCCGCCAUGUCCAACCCUUGCUACAAUUGCCAGGAAGGCCUAGCAAUGAAGCAGGCCGGAGCCAUCUCCCGAAGCCAGGAGAGCAUCGGGAUCCGCUCCCGAGGAUCCGGCCACUCCCAGGACAACGUGCUGGGCAAGACCAAGACAGACAGCAAGUCCCAGGAAAGCCUGGGCAGUGGGGAUGGCAGCAGCAGUGGGAAGACCACCUCAUUACCCUGCCCGCAUGAUGUGUCACCUGUUCACAUUGUGGCGCCACACCAGGAGAAUGCCAACGGUUUGGGCCCUGCCCAUGGAGGCAGUCCAUGUAAGGAGAGGAACGUUCCAGAUGGGCGCGACCAUUAUCAGAGGCCUGUGCUACAAAUGGCUGCUCCUGUAGCUCACCCGGUAAAGAUGCUGCCUUCCCAGUACCGAGUCCCUCCCCACCCAACCCUCAUCACUCCUCACACCCCGAGUAAGGGUAAGACGGUGCCAGCCUUUAUGUACCCACAACUACCUGGUAAAAAACCUUUUUGCUCAGCAGUGGAGCCCACCAAACAGCAACACAUCUCCCAUGUGCCAGGCAACCAGGACUUCACCUACCUUCACCCACAUUGUGGGCUCACCAAUGGAGUUGUGCCAGAGAAUGGGCCUCGCCUGAACCCUGUGGCACUGCCAGGCGCUGUGCCGAUUAUCCGCUGCCCGGUGCCAGGCCAGGAGCCGAACGGCGAUGCAUCCAAGCCCAAGAAGCGUUCCCAGAGCCUGAACCGCUAUGCCGUGUCGGACGGUGAGCCAGAGGAGGAUGACGUGGGCACGGGGGCCGUCAGUACGUACGCCACCCUCACACGGCGCCCGGGCCGCAACCAAUGGCCAAGGACAGCGGACAAGAGCGUCAACCGCAGCCAAUCGUUUGCCCUCCGUGGGAAGAGGAAAGGGCCACCUCCUGCCCCGCCCAAACGCCUGAGUUCGGUAUCCAGCUGCCAGGGGCAGGAGGCCGAGAGGGAACCAGCCUCCGAUUCUGCCGCUGCCACCCAGAAUGCCCCUGACCUGGUCGACGGGCUCCCUGUCAAACAGGAGCCCAGUGAAGAGCCAGCAAACGGUGGCGCUGGGAGUGUCAGGAGUCUUGCUGCCAAGCUGGAGAUGAACAGCUCCCCUGGUGGUCAGCCCAAAGCCAUGGCCUUGCUGAAACUAUCCAGAGCGGAGAGGUGGGAGAACCUGGACCCCAUUCCCAAGAACCCUGAUCAUUGCGGAGGCGGCUCCAUGCCGAGUAAGGAGGUGACGAGGGCGCACGAGAAAGUGAGGGACACCGCCAGCCGGCGACGCACGGUCAGUGAGCCGGGAGUCAGCGUCGAGCUGGCUGUGAUCACCGAACCCUCCCAAACUGACAGGGAGGAGCCAAAGUCGGACGCAGAGGAUGAGGCCAGGUCUGCGAGGGGAGAUCUCGAGACCUCAUCGUCCUCUCAGAACAGUUCCAGCGAGUGCAUCCCUUUCGCAGAGGAGGGCAUUUUGACCAUAAAGCAAAGGCCAAAGGUCAACAGCGGGGCCCGGGAGGAGGGGAACAUCGGCUCCGCUGCCACACCUGACGCUGUAACUGUGAUGCCUGGAGAUGUUGGGGAGGAAAGUCAGGCUCCCGAGGGCAACGGGGCCCCUGCAACGAUGGGCGCAGCCGCCAAGCAGCUGGAUAUUCCCGAAUUCAACCUGACCGAGUCCGACACAGUCAAACGGCGGCACAAGCCCAAAGAGAAGGAGCUGGCGCAAGCUCCCGCCGCUGUCCUGCAGCACCACGUGCUGGCGCAGGGACCUCGGUACGCAGACGCCCAGGCUGUACACAUUGUGGACUCGAGACCCCAGGCCAAUCCCCACAGCAAAUCCGACUUGGAUGAUGACGCCUGUGUCGAGUUCAGGAUCGCUGAGAUUGAGAGGAGUCUCCAGUCUUUAGAGAAAGGGACCAAGAAGACGCUGAAACCUCCGCUCUCCCCUAAACCAGCCCUCUCCUAUCUCCAACAGGCCCCCAAACAGACAGCACCAGUCCCUGUUUCUACCAGGCCUUCUCUCACCAAGGGACCAGCAACAGAGUUCUGUCGAAAUCAGUCACUCUUGUCCACGCCGCCUGUCUCUCCAAAGACCACAACAACACGUGGAGUGCCACUGGCCAGUCCCAAAAUGAGCAGACUUCCGCAGGGUGGGAAUCUUGUCACCGCCACAGGUUCCGUACAGCAACUAGAGCCUGCGCGAGCCUCUGUGCCCACGAGCCCAGUUGCCAGGAAGGCGACAUUGACAGGAGGGGUGCUUAUAAAGCCUACAGCAGAAGCUCCAUUAGCCUCCCUGGCUCAUCAACGACUGGAACAGACAAGCAGCUCGCUGGAGGCAGCCCUUAAUGCAGUGGAACAGAAACUAACUCGAGAAGACAAUGGCAAUAAUGUCUCCGUUUCAGUGAAGUCUGCUGGUAAUAUUUUGGACGACAUUGGGAGCAUGUUUGACGACCUCGCUGAUCAGUUGGAAGCCAUGUUGGACUAAUCCCCGCCAACCGCCCUCAUGCUGAUGUUGUCCCUUUGACCGUUGGCGGGAGCCCCCCAAUUCCCCACCCCCCACCACCCCCAGCAUAAAGCUCCAGGCUGUGGGAUAGCCAUGGUAACUGCCGGAAGGUGCCUGAGCGCCUCGUGUCCCUGAGGCUGUCCCGGUUUUCGGAGCAUGUUGUGGAAGUGAUUGAGCUUUGCUGCAUCCAUAUUGUCCAGGCCUGGCUCAGAUGGGGCUUUCAAAACUGUACUGUGUAGGAUCCCGGCUCAGUCAGUGAGGGAUAGCUUUGAAACCCCGGGAGAGCGUAAGAAACCGAAAUCUUUAUUGCUUUUGCUUUUUAAUACCUAUGUAUAUAUUUUCCCUCCUCUCCAGUUUCUGCUGCUGUGAUAAGCACUUAAAACGAGUUAAAGCACAGCACAUUGACCUGAGACCCCCCCACUCCCCAAACAAAGUGAAGAUUCAAUCUUUAUCAGAUCAGGCAACGAUCUUUAAACGAAAACUGAAACAACUGCGGGCGCUGUAAAUCAGAAACAAAAGCGGAAUUUGCUGGGAAAGCUCAGCAGGUCCGGCAGCAUCUUGUGGAGAGAAAUCAGAGUUAACGUUUCGGGUCAAGUGACUCUUCCUCAGAACUGAUCUUUAAACCGCUGUCUCUGAAGAGGCACCAUUGCCCCUCCUGUGCCACAACCAUUCAGUCAGUGCAUAGUGAUAGCAGCAGCUAAAGCUGACGCACAACCCAGCACUUUCCCCUUCACCCUGGACCUGAAGUACCGGCCCUGCAUUACUUAAUAAAAUAAAAAUCUUCUCCACUCAAGCUUAACGCUAUACUCCGACUGGUGAAAGGCAGAGGCUGGGAUCACGAGAUGGCUGUUUCUGGAACGCAUUUGUGUUUUUAAUCGGGCAGAGACUAAUGACCGUGAGAGGUCAGAGCGACUGGGUGGAGAUGGGCCUUCUUCCAUUUGCAUGAGAUCAGGGCAGGCUAUGGUGAAGCACCUUGGGACAGAUCACCUCUGCUGGAGGUGCUACAUGAAUCCUAACUUUUUAUUGUGUUGCUAAGGCAGACGAUGUGAAUUUAUGUCUCUUUUUGUUUGUUUGUUUGUGCAUGCCAAGCCCUGGUGCCAAGUUGAGAAUUUGCCUUGAGUGUUGGGGGGGUAGUGGUAAAGUGUCAGCGUUUGAAUGUGUGUUGCCCCUUCUCUCUGCUGGUUCCUGCAGGAUUGAGGAGCAGUAAGCAAUUAUUCAAAGCUUUCUGGCCUCAGCGCUGAAAUCCAGCAUUUUUCUUUGUUUUCAAGUACAGAUUCCAGCAUCUGCAAUAAUUUGUUUCUAAGCUCACUGCGUUGGGAGCUCCAUCCUUAGCGGUUUGGGAUAUGCCGUCCCUAAGCCUGAAGUUGCCCUCAGUCACAGGCCGAUGUGGAGGAGUAUGUGACCAGUGUUCCACUCUGAGGGACACAUCCUGAAUUGACAUAGUGACCAAUCAGUUCUGGCUGGGGUUCUGACACGUGAUGUUUAAAAAGGAAUGGAGGGGGGUAGGGUUGUGAAGAACACUGUACUGAGACAUGGAAAUCGUUCCCGGGGAACCACCAUGCCAACAGAACUUCCCAUCUUCAGCCGCUCCUGUUCUGCACUGCAUCUCUGUGUGAAUAUCUAACCCAAAGCUCAGUAUCUCUACAACAAUUUACAUAACGACAGUCUUGUAGCGCGCAGAGAGAAAAUAUUUUUCUAAACAGAAAAGUGGAAAGCAGCUUAAACUUAGUGUGGAGGAACUGGUUCUGAACCUGAUUGUAUGAUACCUGCAGCAACUGUCUCACUACUCUUAGAGACAGUUAAUGUGCCUUUUCUCGAAUCUGCAAGGUGUGAAUAUGUGUUUGUGUAGCACGCCAUGUAUGUGAGCAUGUGUAGCAUUGUUUGUGUGUAGCAUCCGUGUGUGAGCAUGUAUGUGUCUAUACCACAUCUGUGCAUACACAUGUAUCAUGUGUAUGAGUUGGACAUGUAUGUGUGUCUGUCUUGCACGUCUGUGUGGGCAUGUGUAACAUGUAUGUUUGUGUAUGCCACAUUCCUGUGUGUACACAUGCAGCGUGUGUGUAUGAGUAGCGAUAACUCUAUGUUAGCAUGUAUGUGUGUGAGUAGCACAUGCCAGUGUGCACAUAUAGCAUGUAUGUAUGUUUGUUAGCACACGCUGAUGGCAGGCUAAUGUGGUAAAUCAGUGUGUGAACCAUGUCGGGUCAGACUUGGUGCGAGCAAUUUCUGAGAUGCCACCCUUGCAUCUAAUGGUAAAAGGUUCCAAUUCCUGGGCUACUUUGGAACAAAACAGUCAGGAGCAUCAAUCUUCAGCCAGUUACCUUUCAGUUCUCUAACUGUCUCUCCUCACAACUACGUGCCCAUAACUGUGUCAAAGCUGCCCUUGUCAUAGUUUCCAGCCAGAUGUUCAUCAUAGAGAUCAAGAGAUGUUCUGUAGCAUUAAUACACAGUGUAGUUCCGGUCCCCUUGGUAGAGCAAUCAUUGAAUUAAAGAGAUAACUGUCCUGAUUUGUCCCUGUUAGCCACACCCCGUUAUCCAAUCAAUCCAUACCUAGGUUAUUCACACUGGAUUCAGUCUAAAUCAAUGUGAAUAACUUUGAAUAGCCUUAAUUAAACUCCCGUCUAACUA